CUUAGCAACGAUGUCAUCCAGCAACAAAAACAAGGACAACUUCGUCGACAAGACAGGUGAAAAGCUGUGUUGCUCUAAAAAGGAUAUGGAGAUCAGUAAACUCAGAAAGGAGAAUGCAUAUCUCAGGAAGUCAUUGGAUGAGCUGUCUAGUCAGAAAAGAGAACCAUCCGAUUCUGAAAAUAACAUGCUUUUAUUAGAGAAAAUCCUGUCACUGGAGACUCUACCAGAGAAGAACGCUCAGCAGCUGCUGGCCAGGGACCAGGAAAUCUGCUCUCUUUGGAAGCAGGCCCAUGUGGCGGGGGGUGAGACAGUGGCCAGUCUGCAGGUCCAGAUAGACCACUAUGUCAGGGAGGCCAACCAGAGAAAAAUACUAUUCCAGUCACUCCAAGCCGAGACAGAGAAUGUUAAGAACAAGCUGGUCUCCAUGUCUGCUAAGUGCCAGAAGCUGGAGAGUAGUAGAGCUGGCGCUGGGUUGCACAGCUGCCCAUCAGAUGGACAGGUGUCCACCACCAGUACUGCAAUGAGCCACGACCACCUCAGAGAUGCACUGGAAAAGAACCAGCAGUGGCUGGCCUACGACCAGCAGAGAGAGGCCUAUGUGAAGGCGGUGUUGGCCCGGGUGUUUGGGCUGGAGCAGCAGCUGAACCAGGCCAAGCAGACCCUUGCACAGCAGCAUAAAGACGCCCAUUCAGAAGAGAGGUCAGUGCAGAUACAGAAGCACUAUGAGAAAUUGUUACUGACGACCAAGAGGGAGCUGGAAACUCAGAGAGAGCAGGUCAAUAUAGCCCAGAGACAACUAACUGAGCUGCAGUGUAGGUAUGAGGAGAAGCAGAGAGAGGUUGGAGAUGCGAGGCAGCAGUUCCAGCCGGAGAGGCUGAGUAUUCGGCAGAGUGUCCAGAAGGAGAAGCGUCGCUCUGGGGACAGAGAGGGCCAUCUGUGGGGUGACAUGGAGGAGCUCCAGGCCAGACUAGAGGAAAAGGAGAUCAGGUCUGCUGAGCUCAUAGUACAGGUGAAUCUACUGCAGAAAUCCCUACUGAGCCUGCAUGAGGAGCAGAAAUGCGUCACAAUUCUAGAACAGCAGAUCCAGGUGUCUGCCAAAGACCUGGAGGAUGAGAAGCGAGACUGUCAGUAUUUACAACAACAGCUCCACAACGUGUUGAAGAAGCUACGCAAGGCAAAGGACCACGUCGCCAAACUCGAGUCAGAUAAGGGGCAGAGGGAGUUGUCCUGUCUGUACGAGGCCAGUUCUCACAGCAAACCCCCAGCACCCCUGAAGCCCUCCAAAGAGAGCGUCACCUCCCCCUCUCAGGUCCCCAAGAUGCUGGACGAGAGCUUCUUAGAAUGUCCCAGCUGCCGAGCCCAGUACCUCACCAGCCACCACCGAGAGCUGCUGGCCCACCUCGAGCACUGUCUGUAAACACUGUCUGGGCUGUACAGGGGCUGGGAGCAUAGAAGUAGGCCAAGAUCUAUCCAAUCUAUUUAGAAUCUAGUCCUUCUUUUUUUUUUGGCUGGGAGUACCCACCCCAAUAAGGAAUAGUCUGGAACAGGCUAGGGGCGACAUUUUACUAUUCUAAAACGCACUAAACUUAACAAAAUGUUAUAGGUGGUGCGAACACCAGCUGCAAUGCCAUGGUUACUUUGUGAACUGCGUCUGUGUGUUUAGAAGAGUAAAAUGUCAACCUGUAUGUCUAUGUACCUUGGUCCUGGAUUGCUACUGGAUCGGAUUGGCGAUCAAACUGGAAAUAGCACUUACUGUAUACUGUAAGGAACAUUGCUUCAAGCCAAUGAGUUGAUCAAUCAAUCAAUGUAUUUUAUAAAGCCCUUUAUAACUGUUGAACUAUUUACUCACUCAUGCUUUUAUGUUUUUCUCUCUGACUAAAGUGUAAAUCUGUUGACUGGUUUAAAAUACUUUAGAUCAUUUUGAUGUUCAGAGACUGUUGUGAAUUGUUGUUCCUAAUGUCCAUUAUUAUUAUCCUUGCAUAAAUCUUCUAAAUACCCGUUAAUAAAAAAUAAAAAAAACUAUUGUUCUAGAAAUGUAUAGUUCUUGUUUCCAGCGAAUCGUGAUCGUUUGUAAAUUAAAAGAAACAAUCUUAUUACAAUAAAACAGACUGUAGCCUACAUUGUAUCAAAGAAGGUCUAGAAAUUACUGAUUGUAUUUCUAUUCCAGACUAGUGAUAAAUGACUGGCAUCAUUUAAAUGUUUUGCUUUAUUUAAGCUUUAAAUAGGUUACAGUAUAACAUUUGUAUUCAUUUAUUAAAUGUACCACAUUUGUUACUGAGACAAUAGAGCACUCCUAAUUUUCAAUAUACUGUAAAUACAGAAUAAAGUGGCUCCUACUGAGCUGCUCUCCUUACAAGACACUAUUAUUCAAAUGCUCACCUCCGCUCUCUUUCAACUUCACAGGCCCCACAGGACAUGGUUUGGUUUUCAGUAAGCUGCUCAAGACACCCCUCCUUUAAUGCCACCCUAAUCCCCCUUACUGCCCACUAAAACGUUUGCAAGACAGUGACGGAUAGGUAUUUUCAAUAAGCAAAUAACGAUAUCUGAACAGGUCUCGCUUAUGCUGAAAUUGGUCAAAGAAAAGUAUAAGAAGUUCUAUAGAUUAAAUGUUGAUGGGUACAGUCCAAGCAAGACAAGACUUGCAUAUGUUUUAAGAAUAAUUAAUCAUUUUCAAAUGUAGCAAUAAAUAAUCAAAUAGGAAUUACAUAGUUUUGUACGAAAGUAUCCAUUGAACAGUUAUCUACAGGUUGUUAACAUUGAGGCACUUGCUGAAUCCACUUUUUUCCUCAAUCACACUUACUUGAACCAAAAUGACUUCAAUAAAUACAUAAACCAGUAACCUUCACACACAUCUAUAAAAAGGGCAUGGUCAUAAAUAUGAACAAGAACAAAUUGUGCAAUAUAUUUCUCAAACAUAUCCUCUAUGAGAAAUUACAUUGAAAUGGAAUGGCAUAGCACAAAGGGUUUUGUUAACAGAGGACUAAGUUUGCAAAGGGA